GUUUACAAAGAGACUCAGACUCAGACUCUGACUCAAAUCAUUGAGACUGAGUCUGAAAACGUGAGUCUACUACGUAGCUGUCUCACGUGAAGUAAAUCUCAACUGUCAUGGCGGACAGACAACUUGACAGAUAUUACCGGUAUCGUAGAUUUAGGUUGCCUCGUCGACCGCGUGUAUUUACCGACAGAAACAACCCUUUAGAGAUUUUAGAUGUAGAGAGUGUCCGGAAAAGAUAUAGAUUUUUUCCGGACUCAAUCAUGAUAUUAGUUGGAAUCGUGGAGCCAACGAUCGGUACAGCGACGAUGAGGAGCAACCCGCUCCCCCCUCUCCUGACGGUAUUGUGCUGCCUUCAGUUUUUUGCAACCGGAGCGCAUCACAUCGUAAUUGCACAGGCUCAUGGCGUGUCCAGGUCGGCUGUCGGCAAGGCAAUUCAUGCCGUAUCUGUUAUCCUUGCAGGACUGUUAAACAGAUACGUUAAAUUUCCAACGGGGUUGGAAAUUGAAAGUGUAAAACGAAAGUUUUACAGUGUCGCCGGUUUCCCAAAUGUAGUUGGAGCAGUUGAUGGCACUCAUGUCAAGAUACAGGCACCACCAGACAACGAGGCAGAUUAUGUGAAUAGAAAGGGCUAUCAUUCCCUGAAUGUACAGAUGGUAUGUGAUGCAAAUUACAGGAUAACUGAUGUUAUUGCUAAAUGGCCGGGAUCUGUGCAUGACAGUCGAAUGUUCUCGGAGGGGAUCUUGUGCCAGAAGUUGGAGACUGGUAAGUGCAUUUGACUUAGAUGAAGCUGCAGGUUUAUGA